AUGGGCGUGCUAUCCAAUUAUCUUUUUGCAAAUGUAACAGAAUUGAGAGUGCUCAGUUUCAAGAAUAAUGGCUUGACCAGAAGUCUUCCUAAUCUUUCAAAAGUUUACUUUAUCAAGCAAAUUGACUUCUCAAAUAAUAAUCUCAAUGGGAGCAUCCCAGUUAGUCUGGUGAAUUCGACUUUCUUGGAGGAAUUAUAUCUACAGAACAAUGAGCUAACAGGAUUUUCUGUUUCAGAUUUUAAUGGCGAUGAGAGAAGUUCUCUGAUUAUCCUGGGAGAUCAUCUUGAUCCCCUAAACAAGACAAUCCUGCAUAGCAAUUGGACAAGUGCCCAUUGCUAUGAAAAUGUGAGCCACUGGAUAGGUAUAAGAUGCAUGAAUGGGCGUGCUGUCCAAUUAUUCUUAGAGGGCAUGUGGCUUGAUGGAAGCAUUCCGUGGGAUGUUUUUGCAAACGUAACAGAAUUGAGAGUGCUCAGUUUUAAGAACAAUACCUUGACCGGAAGUCUUCCAGAUUUUUCAAAUUUUCAUUUGAUCAAGCAAAUUGACUUCUCAUAUAAUAAACUCAAUGGGAGCAUCCCAUUGAGUCUGGUGAAUUCGAGUCUCUUGCAGGAAUUGUAUCUGCAGAAUAAUGAGCUGACAGGUUCAAUCCCUGCUUUCAAUCAGUCUAGUCUGAAGGCCUUCGACGUUUCAAACAAUCAGUUGACAGGUUCUAUUCCAAAUACUGCUGUGUUGAAUUCAUUUAAUGAACCUGCUUACUUGGGCAAUGAUUUAAUGUGUGGCACAAAAUUGUCUCAUGAUUGUUCAAUGUCACCUUCACCUUUACCUUCAUCUUUACGUUCACCUUUACCUUCACCUUCACCUUCACCGUCACCGUCACCAUCCCCAUCAGCAUCACCAUCACCAGAUGAUAGAUCCAAAUCAAGUGGUUUAUCUAAAGACAUUCUCGCUCUCAUUUAUAUUGUAAGCGCUGCACUUGUAUUGAUCAUAAUUGUGCUCUUUGCUUCCUUAUAUCAAAAGUUUAUAUAA